CAAAACUUAUGUCAGGACUACAGAAACCAAGAGUAACCAAACAAUAUCAUCCAUUCUCUUGCCAGGUUACUUCUAUUGUAGCAUAAAUUAUUUAUAAUGUAUGAAGACAAUGAAUAAUAAUUUCUUUUAUUUAUUUAUUUUUGUUUGAUGAUAUUUUUUCGCAGUUGGAAUUUGCAUACCAUUUUGUCUUACGAAGGUUAUGCAAAGAUGUAAUGCUUCAGAUAACUAAAAACUCCUUAUGAUCAGAAAAAUUAUAGUUGAACUUAUAACCACAUCUUUAGCUUCAAAGAUUGCUAGAAGUCAAACAUUUCAACGAUUUGUUAGUCAAGGAAUUUCACGGUUAGACUUGAAAAAGUCUAGAGUUACUUAUGAAAUUCCCAAACAAACAUAUAAAAGAUCUUCAUCUACUACCCCGUCGGUUGCGGACCGUGCCAAACUUUUUAGCAAACUAUUCGUGGAAUCAGCAAGGGAAUACUUUUUCAAAAGAAAAUAACAGGAUAGGCAGAAUAUUCCCUGCAAGUGAGCGAGCUCAUAAGUAUACGACACUAGCAGAGAAUGACAGUUAUAGUGAAAAAGUUUUUGAACAACUAGCUCUACAGAAACUUGCAAGAGAAAAAGUAGUGAGCGAGCGUGGGAUUUUAAACGCUGAAUCAUUGGAGGCACAGGCCGAAUUACUUCGACGACGACCGACUCAUCUUCGUUAUUCGCCCUCUUACAAUCCUGCAAAGUUUGCUUCUGUGUUGAUCCCUUUAAUUAACUGUGAGCAUCGUGCUUGUCUAGUGUUAACACAGAGAUCUUCGUAUUUACGAUCUCAUGCAGGUCAAAUGUGUUUUCCAGGUGGCCGCGUGGAACCCUCUGAUGGAUCACAUUAUUAUGCAGCUUUGCGAGAGACCUAUGAAGAAGUCGAUCUACUUCCGGAUUUCUUUACCUUUGUGAAUAGAAUCCCUUCUUUAUUUACAAAAGAUCUUCGCACCGAAAUUCAUUCCUAUGUGGCAUUCACGAUCCAAAACAAUCUUCCAAGUCUUGGUUUUGGUGAAGUGGAUAAAGUUUAUUGCAUUCCUUUGACCUCUUUUCUAAAUCCAAAUUACCAAAAGGUUACCAAAUUUCGAAACACUGAUCUUGAAUACAUUGAGUUCAACAUCAAGGAUGUUCCUCGAAUCUGGGGUAUCACAGCAGUUCUUUUAAAUAUGUAUUUUCGCUCCCUUUGCCCCGAUUCUUUGAUACCUACUUCUAAUACUCUUAUUUCAGGCUGUUAGCAUUUCACAUUUAAUAAUGAAUCUGAAUUUUCUUGUCAUAAUCAAAGUGACUAACAAUAAGCUCUAAUGUUUACGAAGAUUAAUGAAUUUUAAUAAAUUAUUAUCCAUAUUUAAAUUUCAUAAAUUGAUAUUACAUUCAUG